AUGGAACUGGACGUGAAACCCACUGUGUCAGAACUUAAGAAGGCAUUGGAGAGUCUGUCUUCAGAAAAAGCUUCAGGGAAAGAUGACAUACCGACAGAGGUCAUCAAACGUGGCAACAGUGUGCUACUAGAACAUCUACACAACCUCCUAUGUCAGUGCUGGAAAGAAGGUUACGUACCUCAGGACAUGAGAGAUGCCAACAUCGUCACCCUUUACAAAAACAAGGGCGACAGAAACAAUUUCAUCAACUAUAGAGAGAUAUCCCUCCUGAGUGUUGUUGGUAAAGUCUUUGCACGUGUCGUCCUGUGCAAACUACAGAAGCUGAUAGAGCGUACCCAGAGUCUCAGUGCGGGUUACGAUGACGCUGCUCUGGUCACCCACAACGAAACUGAACUUCAGAUACUGUUGAAUCUAUUUGCAAAGGCAUGUGAUGAGUUCUGGCUGACAAUAAGCCUGAAGAAAAAACAGGUGAUAGCUCAGCAUGUCGAAGCAACCCACAUCACCAUCAACAACUAUGAAUUAGAGGUUGUCAGCCGGUUCACAUACCUUGGAUCUACCUUCACCGACGACCUCUCGCUAGAAGCAGAGAUAAACCAAAGUAUUAACAAGGCUACCACAACCCUGGUUAGGCUAUCAAAAAGUGUGGAACAACAGCAUGCUAACUAG